AUGAAAGCAAUUACACUUGAACAAAGAGCUCAUAUUUACACUCUUACUCAAGAAGGAUACUCUAGUCAUGAGAUUGCAUUUCGCAAAAAAAUUAGUCAUUCCACUGUUGUAAGAAUAAAACAAAGAAAGGAAAAAACAGGAAGUUUUGAUGUUAUACCAAAAUCAACACUCAUUGAAAAGACAAGAUGGAAGGAGUGGUGUUGGAAAGAUCCAAAAUCACCUUUGCGUCCACAACAUGUUAAGCUAACAGUAAAGUUUGGUGGAGGUAGUGUUAUGAUAUGGGGUUGUUUUGGCAGUUUUGGUGUUGGAAAUUAUUGUAAAAUUGAUGGAAGAAUGAAUGAGAACUAUAUCGACUGA